AUGAAUUUCCUCGCAGGUGCUAUGAUUGCAGCCCUUGUCGGUUCAUGUAUCGCGUCGCCUGGCUACCUCAAACUUGACUUGCACAAACAAGCCCCCUUAGCCAACAGGCUUGUUCGCCGACAAAGUUCAGCCGGGAGCUUCGAUGCAGUAUUGACGCCGAACCAAGGGCUUGAAUACCUGGUCAACCUCACUGUCGGCACGCCACCACAGGGGCUUGCUGUAACACUCGACACUGGGUCAUCUGAUCUGUGGAUCCCCGCGGCUUCGGCACCAUUCUGCAAGAAGGGUCAGUGCGAUUUCGGCUCGUUUGACCCGAGCUCGUCAAGCACGUAUCAGGUUGUCGAACAAGCUGGCUUCAACAUCACUUACGCCUAUCCCGGUGAUACGGACGCUGGUGACUGGGGUUCUGAUACCAUUACGAUAGACGGCUCCGCCCCUAUCGACAAUCAACAGAUCGGAGUGGCGAGUGUGCUUUUCGACCACCACGGAGUGAUGGGAGUGGGAUAUGACACCAAUGAAGCACACAACGAUGGCCCAAGCGGGGUAUAUCAGUCAGUGAUGGACAAUCUCGUAAAGUCGGGAAUCAUCGACCGCAAGGCCUUCAGCCUGUACUUGAACAACCCCGAAGCGAGCACGGGCUCAAUCGUCUUUGGCGGCAUCGACACGACCAAAUACACCGGAGACUUGGUCGCCCUUCCUCUUCAGCCUAGUCCGGAUGGCGUGGUAAAGGAGUACUAUGUGGCUUUGACCGGCGUCUCCUUCACUGACUCCACAGGCAAAACCGCUCCAUUGUCACCACAAGGGUAUUCUCAAGCCACAUUGCUGGAUGCGGGAACGACCAACACACUUUUGACCAACGACGUUUUCGGGGCUUUGGCUCUUGGAUUUGGAGCAGUCUGGGAUGCAGGGGGCACCGGUGCCUAUCUGAUACCCUGCAGCCUCUCCAACGGCACUGGUACGAUCAGUUAUUCGUUUGGCGGCGAGGGGGGAAUCACGAUACAAGUGCCUCUCGCGAAUAUAGUUGGCGGACAGAUAUACACACCAGACGAUUUCGAUGAUCCGUCAGGUGGUUGCAUGUUGUCCAUGGGGACCACGGGUGAGAGUGGCGGCUUCAGUAUCCUGGGCGACAGCUUCCUCAGAAGUGCUUACGCGGUUUUCGACCUGGAAAACCACGUCGCAGCUCUGGCUCAAGCUGACGAGAAUAAAGCAUCGACCAGCAGCAUCGUGGUCUUUCCGACCGGCACUGCAGUCCCCAGUGCCACAGCCACCGCGAUGGCCACCGGGACGCAGCUGACUACGAUCAAGCCUGAGACACAGGUACCGGAAGCUAGCAUUUCGGGAUCAAGCUUGAUCCUAGCGGGUACGCCGACCUUCAACUUGGGAAUCUCUUCAUCGACAGCGAUAGCUGGCUCGGGUCCAUCAUCCUUAGGAUCCUCUGGCGCAUGUAACCAUGCACCUGCCCCGACAGCGGCUCUGGUAGGACUGGGUUUGGCAGCAGGUAUCAUGGGCCUUUAG